UUGCGUGCCAAUAAUCGUUCAUCCAUCAUUCCGGCGCGAGGCAUCCCUCCCCCGCAUCAGUGCCAACGAGCCGCACCGCCCUCUGUCACACGCAGCGAUGGCAGAUAGUGCGGCAAAUCGGUCGCGGUCGCGCUCCCGUUCGCCACCGCGAAAGGUCCCACGAGGUAGCAAGGGCUUCAGGUGGAAGGACAGCUCAAAGCCGCGGGAUGAUGGGCCCUCGCGGCACGACUCCGGCCGACGUCGAGACUAUCGAGAUCGCUCGCCUAACCGAGAUCGAGAGCGGAACCAGGACGGUGAGAGGGCGCGGGAUCGCGACCGCAACCGCGAGACGGCACGGAGUCGAGACGAGGCAGGCAGAGACCGAGAACGCUUGCGUUCCCCGCCAAGACGAGGCGAUGGGGGGACCAAGGACAAGGAUGGGGAUAAGAGCAAGAGGGAAAGGAAGGACAAGAAGGACAAAAAGUCCGGCGCGGCUCCGAUUGCGCCAGGCCAGGAAAUGAUCAUCGUUCACGUCAACGACCGACUGGGAUCAAAGACUGCGAUUCCAUGUCUGCCAUCCGACACUAUUGGCCAGUUCAAGCUCAUGGUGGCAGCUCGCAUCGGUCGAGAGGCGAACCAAAUCAUGCUGCGCCGACAAGGCGAACGCCCGUUCAAGGAUAUACUCACGCUGGACGACUACGGUAUCUCGAACGGGGUUCAGCUAGACCUCGAAGUCGACACAGGAGACUGAACCGGAGGGAAGCCACCCACAGCAGACAAAUUUUAUAUACAAAAAGUGAUGACUUUGAUAUCUUGUCCAAUAAUCGCAGACGAAAAAGGCCAGGCGUAGGCUUGUGGUCAAGGCUCCAAGAUGAUGUGUCGCCGGAUAUCAUGGCGCUCAAGCAUCCCUGUAACAAGAUGAGGCCAAAGUAUUUGUCGGAACAGGACUCGUUGUCGCGAUGGGCAUGCUUGGGAGAUCUGAGACCUCGAAGCACACAAGGUGGGUGGGCUGAGCGGCGACAGCCGACACGUACGAAGUACGUUAGCUACUUCAUACGUAUUGUAGGCUGGACAUGAGGCAAGUGAUUAUGUUGCGCUUGCGUUGCAAUGAAUCUGUGGACGCAGGCAGGCUCGCUAUGGGGUACAAUCCGAACUGAUGAGCUGAACUGGGUACGAUAGAUAGCCCUCGUACGUACCUUGGUAGGUAUUUGCACGAGCAGACGGCGCAUAGGUAGCUCCCAGCACAACUGCGCCUCUGGGGCAAAAAUAACAGGUGUGACAUCGCGGGGUGCCUCACCUAUGGCAGCGGGCCUAAUCACAGUUGGUAUGAUGCGUCAAGGUACCCAUUGAAGCACAAGUAAACAUGAGAGACGCCCCGAUAGGUACGGCGUAGAUAGUGCGUGCCUGUAGAGCACUCGUGUUUGCAUUCAGUGAUGUGAAUAUCAUUCUGCUUCCUGUUUCAUGUACCGCAGCUUCUCAAGCGAGUCGUACUAGAUGUGCGGACCACCGGGACAAAUACGUAUACUGUAGGCUAGGCUAUUGCCGUUGGGACAGGUAGAUGAGUGGCCACGCACG